CCCAUGCCAACUUAUAAAAAUUAUCAGACGAAUUAUAGAAGCCCCAAAAAAAAAACAAUUACGAAAUUUUAAAAAGAGGCUUUUUCAGGCUUCUUCUUCUUCUUACUAACUUCAUCACAAUCAUAAUAAUGUUCGUUCGUAUAAACGAAAGAUGCAGCCAGAAAAAAAUUUUAGAGAGAAAAUAAAAAAAAAAUUGAAGGCGACUUUGGUCUGUUUUGGAGCGUACUUUGUUAUAUAUUUAAUUCCCCCAAACUCCCUUUUCCUCAGCUGCUAAACUUCAUUUUCUGAAACUCUCUCUUCCCCCUUUUUUUCUUCUUCUCCUCUCUUUCCUCCAAAUUCCUAUUUUCCAAUCAGUAACCCUAUUCCUCUGCUAAUUCAAAGCGGGGGGACUCGUCCUUUCUUUCUCUCUUCUUUCUGGGUCUCUGACUGAACUGUAAAUGGGGAGACACUCCUGCUGCUACAAGCAGAAACUCAGGAAAGGGCUAUGGUCCCCUGAAGAAGACGAGAAACUCCUUCGCCAUAUCACCAAGUACGGCCAUGGCUGCUGGAGCUCUGUCCCCAAACAAGCUGGGCUACAGAGGUGCGGGAAGAGCUGCAGGUUGAGGUGGAUUAAUUACUUGCGUCCUGAUUUGAAGAGAGGCGCAUUCUCCCAGCAAGAGGAGAACCUCAUCAUCGAGCUCCACGCCGUUCUUGGCAAUCGGUGGUCUCAGAUUGCCGCACAAUUGCCGGGGAGAACGGACAACGAGAUAAAAAAUCUGUGGAAUUCUUGCCUCAAGAAGAAACUCCGGCAGCGAGGGAUCGAUCCCGUUACCCACAAGCCCCUUUCGGAGAUCGAAAAUGCCGACGAGAACAAGAACAUGAACGGGUCAUCCCCUGUUUCCGGCAGCGCCACCGGCGACGAGGAUAAGUCCGUCUCCGGCGAGCUGAACCUGCUGAGACCCGAUAUUCACAGCAAAACGAGAGGCCUCCAGUCACCAACGCAGCAGCAGCCGACAAUUCCCAUUCCCGAUUGCGGCGGUGCCGCCGCCGGUAGCCUGAUGAGUACCAAUAAGGAUUUCUUGCUGGAUAGGUUCGGUGGGAACUGUCAUCAGUCACCGACGGAUUUGGUGGGUCAUUUGAAUUUCCCUCUCCACCAAUUGAAUUACCCUGCCGCCGCCGCCGCCGCCGCCUCCUCCCCUGCCGACGGCCGUAUUUCCACCAACUCGAUUCCUUCGCUCUGGUACGGUAGCGGCGGUGGAAAGCCAUUCGACAUAAAUUCCGAUUUCUCCUCCCCUGCCGCCACCGGCAUUAGCCUCCCCGCCUCCUUCUUCUCCAAUAAUUACAAGCCGGCUUCUGUCGGUGGCGGCGGGGAAAAUUCUCCCCCGCCCUCUUUCAAUCGGUUCUGGGAACCAGCAGCAGGAGUGCCGCCGAGCAGCAACAACAGCAGCAGCAGCGGGAGAAGCAGUUCCUUCUUCGACACCGCCGCCAUUUUCUCCUGGGGGAUUUCCGAUACGGAGAAAGGACAGGCGCAGGACGAAAUCAAGUGGCCGGAGUACCUAACCAGCCCGCUGCUAUCCGCCUCUCUACAGAACCAAACCCAACUGUACAGUAACGAGAUAAAAUCGGAAUCCCAGCUGCUGCCGGAGAAUUCAGCCGGCGGCAUGUGGAUUCACGGAGGCGGACAGCAGGAGCCGCAGCCGACGACGACAUUGCAGCAGUUCUCCGAUUUGUCGUGUCCGAAGGAUUUCCAGAGGCUCACGGCGGCUUAUGGACACAUCAAUUAAGCUUUAUUAUCCUCCUCCUGUGCUGUACUUUCUCCUCUGUUCUUCCUUCUCUCUCUGUCCCUUCAGGUGAGAAAAGGAAAAAAACAGAGAGAGAAAAUUGUUACCGCGGCAAAGAAUGGUUGUUCUGUUUUCUUUUUUUUACCGCUUUUACUCUUUUUUUAUCUUGACUGGGUUUGUUUUUACUUUUUUUUUUUACUGUUUUACCACUUGUGUGUGCCACAGUUUUUUUUUUUUACCCUAUUGUAAAUAGAUCAGAAAAGAUACAAGUCAACAACAGGACAUGUAGAGUUUUGUGUCACUAAUCCUUCUCUUCUAUUAUUCUUCUUGGCAGAAUAAGCGCUCUGAUUGCGUUUCCCAGUGUUAAUUUUCAAUAAUUUGUAUUUCUAUAGGAGUUUUGCAUUUUAAUAUUAGAGAGAGAAUCACUCGUUUUUUUCUUCCUUUAUGAAAUCAAGGAAUUCAAUAUACGAGAGAGAAUCUCUCGACUUAUGUGUUGUAGCUAUGUAUCCACUGGAAUGUUCUGUCAUGUAUAUGAAUGAAUUUUUUUUUUUUUAAUUUUGCAGCUAUAUCAAUUGUUAAGUCUGUUAAGUUAAACUCACCGCUAAUUAAUGAUGUGUUGAUAUUUUGUCAAAUGAUGGAAAUAUGAUGAUUAUGGAAUAGUACAAAAGCAAUAGGGAAAAGGAUAUUGACCUCGCACUCAUAUAAUUACUCAGCCACACACUCAGGUCAGGUGGUGGUUGACAUUUUAUUUAUCUUUCUAGUUAGUAGUGAUUAGGGAUGGUAAUGGAACCGAACUUACGGUUAACCCAUUCCGGUCAAAGCAGAUAAAACUCUGUAUUGAUGGGUUCUGCGCUGGGUACAGGUUUUACCCGUUUUUCACCCACCUGUCCUGCAUCCAUAAAGCAAAACAAUUCCAUUUUGUAUCUGAUCGAAACAAUAUGAAUGAUUUUAUGAAUGCUAUUGGUCUUUAUGACAACAUGAAUCGAUUGAUAUUGAUGAUUUAUGGAUGUUGAUAGUCAUUAUGGAGCCAUAUUUGUAAGAAAAUUUUCGAUAACAUUAUCAUGUGGGUGUUCGAAGAAACAAUGUAUGAAUGUGUUUGUGAACCCCAUGGGUGCCAAUUGUGUUGGAUUUUCACUUCUAAAACGCAAUGAAUAUUUUAUCAAUUUUUUUUUUUAAAGGAUGCACCCGUUGGUUUGGAUUUCGAGAACCCCAACCACCUCUGACCCGUUGUUCAUCCCUAAUAUUGAUGUGGCAACACGAGUAAUGCAGAGGGACAACAGUUACCGUCAUUAUUUGGUUUAAGGUUGUGUAUAUUUUAUGUAACAAAAAUACUUAAAAUAAGAAACUAGUUCGUGAAUAAUUAUCUGAUGACAUAAUUCUAGUUGAGAAUGAAAUGGAAGUCAGUCAGUCAGUCAACUAAACAAGUGAAGCCGCUAUCAUCUCAUCAGUUGUGCAAAGGAUCAUUUGCUUUCAGUUGUUCUUUCCUCUAGUACGGGAUUUUUUUGAAUGAAAAUGGUUGGCCAUCAUUUUCGCAGACGUAUAAAGAUAUUUGGCACUUUUUAGUUUUCUGCACUAAGCUUUGCUUUCAGAAGCCAAUUAAUUAAUAUAUGAGCUUUCAGUUGACAAGUUUUUGGUUUGGAUGACCGAUUCCCUUCCCUUGUCUUUGCCCUAAACAAACACGCUGAAGCUUAUAUCAGAUUAUAAGGACAAUUUAAUUGUUAGAAAUAUUACUAAAACAUGUGAAUGUACAAAAAUUAUUUUAAUUUCAUAUGCACUACCAGAGAUCGUUAAAUAUUAUACACAUCUGGAUUCCGUUGCAUCAAUGUCACUUAUCUAGUCUUUGGUAUUAUGUCGAUUUAACGAUGACAACUCCGAUUCUUACAGGUCCUGUAUAAAUAAUUCAUUGACUU